CAACACAUCCAGGCGCAGCCGUGAUCAAAGUGCAAGAUCCCAAGACACUGGUUGAAGAGACCAGGGCCUCUGUGAUGAACAGCAUUAUUACCGGGUUGUUUUCUGCUAAUCAUACCCAUGUCUGCCGAUCUUUUGUUUUUGGGUUUGGUCGAUUCCAUACUCCCACAUUGAAACGGGGUGUAUUGCGUAUUGACCGUUGUCAGCGACCGGUUAUACGUCUCCUCUGCGUUUAAUGCCCAGAUGACGCCUGCAUGGACGCAUCUGCCAACUAUACGGGAUUUUGGCUGACGAAGAUUCGACAAUCUGUGCUGCGGGCUGCAAGUGUCAAGUCGACCUCGUCCUGUAGGGCUGAAAUCCUGAUGCGGCCCCUAAGAAAAGCCACCCUCGAAUUGCCAGUUCAUAGUGGAUUCGCUCCUCCCCCCUUUUCGUCCUCCUGCCUUGGUAACGCCAGGCCUGUUGACCUAGGCCUGCACGCUGCUUUGGCAACCCAACAAGCAAACUGCCAGCCCUAUAUUUCUUGGCGUGUGUGCGGACUGAUUCUCAAUGGGCACAGGAGCACCAAUCCCCAUCCCCACUGGCAGAUCGGCUCUUGGAUAAUUCUCGAGCGUGGUCCGCUGAUGAUGUGGAAGCGCCUGGACAAAUCAUUUCACUUCUGCAGGUUCCUCGACAGCUGAGCCGCCGGGAGCGUUUGUUUUGUCAAUUGAUUCUCCAUUAGCCUUUUCCCCCUUCACCUCAAGCCACCACGCCCUACAUCAGGUUAGCUGUCGGUAUCCCCGGAUGGAUCCAAAGCGUCUC